GGUUUCCAUGGUGAUGGAGCUGAAAGUGCAGGAAAUUUAAAGGCUUGGACCCUGCGAGACAGACAAACCGGUGCCAACGUGCGCGGACGCCGCCGCCGCCGCCGCCGCCGCUGGAGUCCGCCGGGCAGAGCCGGCUGUGGAGCCCGGAGCAGGCGGAGGGAAGUGCCCCCGAGACCCGCUCGGCCAGCGGCGCUGCACAGAGCGGCAGGACGAGAAGGAGGAGGGGAGAGCGGCUCGUCCACGCGCCCUGCGCCGCCGCCGGCCGGGGAAGGCAGCGAGGAGCCGGCGCCCCCCGCGCCCCGCGGUCGCCCUGGAGUAAUUUCGGAUGCCCCGCCGCGGUCGCCUUCCCGAAUAGACUGGAGAGAGGAGUUGCAGCCAACUUGUGUGCCUUUUUUCCGCCCCAGUGGAAGCCGGCGCUGCACGAAGGGCUCUCCCUGCGGCUCAUGCUGCCGGCCCUGCCCCUGCCCAGCCUCGGGUAAGCCGCCUCCGGAGAGACAGGAGAGCGCGGCGGCGGCGGCGCGGGCUCGGCGUGCUCUCCUCCGGGGACGCGGGACGAAGCAGCAGCCCCGGGCGCGCACCGGAGGCAUGGAGCGCUGCCCCAGCCUGGGGGUCACCCUCUACGCCCUGGUGGUGGUCCUGGGGCUGCGGGCGGCACCGGCCGGCGGCCAGCACUACCUCCACAUCCGCCCGGCUCCCAGCGACAACCUGCCCCUGGUGGACCUCAUCGAACACCCGGACCCUAUCUUUGACCCCAAGGAGAAAGAUCUGAACGAGACGCUGCUGCGCUCGCUGCUCGGUGGCCACUACGACCCAGGCUUCAUGGCCACCUCGCCCCCCGAGGACCGGCCCGGGGGGGGCGUGGGGGCGGCCGGGGGCGUCGAGGACCUGGCCGAACUGGACCAGCUGCUGCGGCAGCGGCCGUCGGGGGCCAUGCCGAGCGAGAUCAAAGGGCUGGAGUUCUCGGAGGGCUUGGCCCCGGGCAAGAAGCAGCGCCUAAGCAAGAAGCUGCGGAGGAAGUUACAGAUGUGGCUGUGGUCGCAGACCUUCUGCCCGGUGCUGUACGCGUGGAACGACCUGGGCAGCCGCUUUUGGCCCCGCUACGUGAAGGUGGGCAGCUGCUUCAGCAAGCGCUCGUGCUCUGUGCCCGAGGGCAUGGUGUGCAAGCCGUCCAAGUCCGUGCACCUCACGGUGCUGCGGUGGCGCUGUCAGCGGCGCGGAGGCCAGCGCUGCGGCUGGAUUCCCAUCCAGUACCCCAUCAUUUCCGAGUGCAAGUGCUCGUGCUAGAACUCGGGGGCCCCCUGCCUGCUCCCGGACACUUGAUCGAUCCCCACCGACGCCCCCCGCCACCUCCUCCAACCAGUUCCACCACCCUCUCGCGAGUGGAUUCAAUGAACUUUUUUUUUUUUUUUUUGGCUACGGAGACCUAGCUUUCUGGUUCAUGUAAUGCACUGUUUAACUGUGUAGGAAUGUAUAUGUGUGUGUAUAUACGGUCCCAGUUUUAAUUUACUUAUUAAAAGGUCAGUAUUAUACGUUAAAAGUUACCGGCUUCUACUGUAUUUUUAAAAAAAAAUAAGCAAAAGAAAAAAAGAUCAGAGAAAAGAGACUUAUUCUGGUUGUUGCUAAUAAUGUUAACCUGCUAUUUAUAUUUCAGUGCCCUUCGCAUGGCGAAGCAGGGGGGGGGGAGUUAUUUUUUUCUUAAAGUACAAAGAGAGUGGGAAACUUUUGUAGAAGGACUUUUUAAAAGCUAUUUUCCAUUCUUCGGAAAGUGUUUUGGUUUUCCUUGGACCUCGAAGAAGCUAUAGAGUUCAAUGUUAUUUUACAGUUAUUGUAAAUAUAGAGAACAAAUGGAAUGACUAAUCAUUGUAAAUUAAGAGUAUCUGCUAUUUAUUCUUUAUAAUAUCCCGUGUAGUAAAUGAGAAAGAAAUGCAGAGCAGGAUUAAAGAAAACCACUA